AUGGAGGGUCAAAAUAAUGGGCUUGGACCUAAUAUUGGGGUUGGAUCAAUAGAGAAGAGAACUAGGCCUGUAGGUGAAUCAAAUGAGGGUGAGGCUCUUAAUAUGGGUGAUAGGCUUGAUAACCCAAGCUUAGUCCCAACUAAUGUGGAGAUGGAUAGUGAUUAUGAUAAACUUUAUGAGUAUGAGAGUGAGGCUUUCAAUAGCCUAGUUUUUUCUGAGGAUGAAGGAAGGACAACUUAUGACUCUUUUAGUGAGGAUACUGAAUAUGGAGAGGUUGUGUUUAAAGUUGGACAAAUAUUCUCAACAAUGGAAUUGUUCAAAAUGGCUUUGAAGGACUAUUUAGUAUUUGAGAGAAAGGACAUGUUAUACAUAGAAAAUGAGAAGCAUAAGCUGAGAACAUCAUGUGCAGCUGAGAAUUGUCCAUGGUUGAUAUUAACAUCAUGGAAUAGUUCUAGUAGAUGUUUCCAGGAGAAGACUUCGAUAAAUGAGCACACAUGUGCUAGAGAUUAUGGCAGCAACAUGGCUGAUAGGGAUUGGGUUGCAUCAAAGCUCAUUAAAAGACUACAUAUCCAUCCUGAGAUGAAAUCGAGACAGGAAAUGGAUCACAUGAUAGAGGAGUAUAAUGUCCAGCUUAACCCAAAAAUGAUUGCGAGGGCUUUAAAAGUUGAUAGAGAGGUGGUUGUUGGUAAUGCAAAGGCACAGUAUGCGAAAGUUAGAGAUUAUUUGAUGGAGCUUCAUUGGAGUUAUUAUGGUGGACAACUACUUAGUACAGUGAUACAAGAUGCCAAUAACCACUUAUUCGUCAUAGCAUAUGCUAUUAUUCCUAAUGAAUUUAAAGACACAUGGAAGUGGUUCUUAACUUUGUUGCAAGAGGAUUUGGGAAAGGUCACUCAGCAUGGAUUAAAUUUCAUAAGUGAUCAGCAAAAGGGGAUGGAGUUAGUUAUCAAAGAAGUAAUGCCUAAUGCAAACCAUAUAAAUUAUGUGCUUCAUAUCUGGAAAAACUUUAUCAAACACUUUAAGGACCAACAAACUAAGCAAAUAGUAUGGGAAUGUGCAAGGUGCACAACUUUCCAAGAGUUCAAUCGCUCCAUGGAGAAAAUGAAGCAAAUCAAUUUGGGAGCAUGA